GGCUCUCGCCUGCUGCUGACUACACAAUCCAACAUGGAGUAAUGAGAGAUGGGGCUCCUCUUCGAGACCAGCGCGCAGUCUUCAGACACGGCGGGCGACGCGAGGCGAAAAAUCGUCGAUGUAGCCACCGGGAUGUUGCAUAACGCGAGGAUUAACCAGAUGCAUUGCAAACCGUGACGGGUAAAGUGCAGUGCGCGGAGAAAGAACGAAAAUAAGGAACGCCGCGAGACGGAUUUGGGGGAAACUCGUUGAUUCACUGGACUUUUAAAAAAAAAAGGCGAGGUGGAAAAUCGAGACGACAUGAAGCCCGAACACUGCGUGCCCGCGGUGGGAUAUUAUUUCUAUUGUAGGUGAAACGUGGGGAAACAUGACUGAGGAAUCGCACCCAGACGAUGACAGUUACAUAGUGCGAGUGAAAGCUGUGGUGAUGACAAGGGAUGAGUCUAGCGGGGGUUGGCUGGCUCAGGAGGGCAGUGGUCUCAGUCGAGUGGGUGUCUGUAAGGUGGUCCCAGCUGACCUGGAGCUCCUGGGACGGAGCGGCUUUCUCAUCUUUGGAGAGCGGCUCAAAGACAAGCAGGUGAUCCUGCAGUGCUUUCUGAAGAAGGAUCUGGUCUACACUAAAGCCACGCCCACUUUCCAUCACUGGCGAGUGGACAACAGGAAGUGUGGCCUGUCGUUCCAGAGCCCCGCUGACGCCCGAGCGUUCGAUCGCGGCGUGAGGAAGGCCAUCGAGGACCUCACAGAGGGCUCCACGACUUCUUCCUCCACGCUACAGAAUGAAGCCGAACUGGGUGAUGAUGAUGUUUUCACGAAUGCCACAGACAGCUCGUCUAACUCUUCUCAGAAGAGAGAGCCGUCCAUGCAGACGCUCCAUGCACCAAUCAGCUUCUCCGAGCCCCACCACUGCAUUCUGGGACAUCUCUACGACCAACACAGACACUCUGACCGCUUCUACCUGGAACAGACGGUGCCCAUGUUCCCGUGUUCCCGUCACGUCAGGUUUCACGAGGAAGAGGAGGAGAUCGUCCGGAUUAACCCGCGUGAGCGCUCUUGGUUGACGGGCUACGAGGACUAUCGGCACGCCACCACAGCGACGCGGGCCAAACCUCUGCGGCCGGACGCCUCGAACGCUUACGUUCACCUCGCUAAGAGCGAACCUCCCAAACACGACUACACUUACUCGUACCCACUCAGUGGGGACGGACACACUCCCCGCGACGGCAAGACGGGCAUCGGUGGCGGCGUGGUCACCGGUCAGCCGAGGGCGCUCACUGCCAAAUGGCUGCCACGGCGCGUGGAGGACAGCAGAGAGCGCUUACGUUGUGUGUACUGUCAAAACAUGUUCAGUCCGGCCGAAAACGGACGCGGGCGCUGCCAGGAAGCUCCGGACCCCGUGCAGACGUGCAUUCGCCGCGUGAGCUUCAUGUGGUGCGCGGACAGCCUGCUCUAUCAUUGCAUGUCGGACCCCGAGGGCGACUAUUCGGACCCGUGCUCCUGCGACGCCAGCGAAGAGCGCUUCUGCCUGCGCUGGCUAGCUCUCCUGGGACUGUCGCUGCUCGCGCCCUGCAUGUGCUGCUACGCACCGCUGCGAGCGUGUUACCACUGCGGCGUCGCGUGCCACUGCUGCGGCGGCAAGCACAAGGCCUCGGGGUGAGCGGAGAAAAUGUGAGCACAUCUGCAGCUGGGAAAAACCACAGAUGAAAAGUGGAAGAACGAACUAAUGGCUGCAUUUGUGUUUUACAUUUUGUUUUGUUUUUUUCCCUUCCCGCUGAGUUUCGGAGGGUCUGUCCAUUUUUGUUUCAUUUUCUCAAUUUUAUUGUACUGGACAGCUGUCCUGGUUUGUAUUUUUAUUUGUUUUUAAAAGAGUAACCCUCAGCUUCCAUUUAAAAGACUACACACUAUAAAUAUUCAUUUAUAUAUAAAAUAUAUAUAUAAAAAUAUGUAGAUAUAAAUAUAUAAAUCCAGGUACUUUAUAUUUUUAUGCUCAUGUGCUUUGAAGGUUUGCGUUGUAAUCUUCCUUCCGUCUCGUCUGUGUUUUAAUACGUGCGUUUGAUUUGAUUUUUAGCCUUUCGUUAUGUCUCUCCAGUCAGAGGCGUCUCUUCUACUGUGAUCCACUCCGUCUAGAUAAGACAAACACAGAGGAAUCCAAAAUAGCUGACAUGUAGGAUGCUAGAUCUUGUGUGUGUGUGUGUGUGUGUGUGUGUGAGGUCAAACGGAUGUGGGAAAUUACAUUUGCCAAAUUGCCAAUAUUAAUUUGCUGUGUGGAAGAUGGGAAACACAUUGCUGCCCAAAUGUAAAGUAUGUGUGUUGGUGAAUCUAAUGUGCAGGUUAUAUUUUACCCCAGAAUCAAAAGAAAACAGGCUUUAUUUUGCCUAUAUUAGGAGCUUUUAGCAUUGUGGCAUUAUUUUUAUGACCGUUAUUUCCAAUAUGAAGUGUCUGAGUCAGAGUUGUGAGAUAUAAACUCAAGUUUUGAGAAAAAGUCAAUAUUUUUGUUUAUAUCAAAUAUUUUUACAUUUAUAUCUCUAUGUCAGAAUUAUGUGUUCAUAUCCCUAGAUUGCAAGAAAAGAAGUCAGAAUUGCAAGAUACAAACUCGCAAUUCUGAGAAAAAAAGUAACAAUUGUGAGUUUAUAUUUCACAAUUUUGACUUUAUAACUCACAAUUGCAAGUUUACAUAUAAAAAGUCUCAAUACCUUUUUUCCAUACAUUACACUGUAAGAAAACUUUUUUUCCACUCAAACUGCUUGUGAAUUUCACAAAUUGAAUUGAAGUGAUAUUUUAAAGUAACAAGAUCGAAUAGUUUUUCUUAUAGUUACAUAUUCCAAUGAUCAUUUUUUAGAACCUUGAAAAAUCAUUUACAGUGCACCAUAACAACAUUUAAUUUCCAUAAUUCCAUAACUGAUUUUUAUUACAAGAAAAAGAAUAUUACUACUACAAGUAUUACUAUUAUUCAUAAAUACUUGACGAGUAGAGUAAGUUGUUGCACUGCUGUAAGAAAUGAACGUGCUUUAUUACCAAGAAAAUAAUAUCACAAUGCAGAUACCUAAAAAUGGGUUUUAUUUUCAAUAAGCAAAAUUUAGGGGGUGCGAUAUGAGCCGAGCAUUUUCUUAAAGGGUUUUGUGAGAUGUAUGUGCCUGUUAUCAAUGUUUUGAAAUGAAAACCAGCCUCAAAAUUGAUGUACCCCUCCAACAGGAUGAAAACCAGAUGUCUUUUUUUUUCUCUGCCAUUGUCUUAAGCACAACGCAUACUAGUACAACUAACAAACAAGAAAAAACAACCAACUGAACACUGUGUAAGUUGUUGUGAAGUUCUCAAAAAAUAUUCGUUCGUUGGCCUAUCAGCAUCAUCCUUCAAAACAACAUCCAGCCAAUCAGUGGACUGUGACAGCGUUGUAAUGACGACUGCAAUCCUGAUGUUUUAUGUCCUAUUUGUCUGUCUUUCUGGUGUCUAUCCUCGAUCUUUUCCCAAUUUUUCCUGUGAAAAGCUUUUGCAGUAGUACUAUCUGACGCGUGACUAAAGAGGAGCAGUUUUAUUUUUUUAUUGGUGUCCAGGAGAGUGAGUUCUCUGUCUGUCUGAUGCUCCUGAACAAUCUGAGAUUAAAAGAAAGUGCCUGAAUCAGCCA